AUGUUUGCACUGCCAGACGCGGAGCAGUCGUGGCUAGCGAUUGUGGUCGUAAAGUCGAAUGGUCAUGAAUGGGCGACUUCCCGUGGCUCCUAUCGCCAGCCAAAAGGGCACCUGGACCGGUGUAUUUUGUACGGAGAACUGCUGCUCCGGGGCGCUGACAAAGCAGCCGUGCGGGGCAAAGCAGCGGUGCCGGCCGGCACAGCCGCGCUGGCCGAAACAGCCGUGCUGGCGACCAGAUGUGACUUCCCCAAGUCAUUAAGUAGUUGCUAUGUUUUGUUACUAAAUGUGCUUCCCUUGCUGUCCUCCGUCUCCCUUUUAGAGCCAUGGGGCCACACUACCACCACCACAACCAAGAGGCCAGCAGCCACCAGAGCUACAGCAAAUCCUCCAGGUAAUGCAUUCGACUUGGCUGAUGCUUUGGGUGAUCGAGAUGAUGGUCGCAGGAAACCGGGUACAGGAGGAAGAGAGACAUGGGACCGUGUAACCACCACCACAACCAAAAGGCCAGUAACCACCAGAGCUCCAGCAAAUACUUUAGGAAAUGAUUUUGACUUGGCUGAUGCCUUAGAUGAUCGAAAUGAUCGAGUUGAUGGCCGCAGGAAACCAAGUGCUGGAGGAGGAGGUUUUUCAGAUAAGGAUCUUGAAGACAUAUUGGGGGGUGGAGAAUACAAACCUGACAAGGGUAAAGGUGAUGGCCGGUACGGCAGCAGUGACGACCCUGGAUCUGACAUGGUGGCAGAGACCGGCACCAUUGCCGGGGUGGCCAGCGCCUUAGCCAUGGCUCUCAUUGGCGCCGUCUCCAGCUACAUCUCCUACCAGCAGAAGAAGUUCUGCUUCAGCAUUCAGCAUGCAGCGGAGGGUCAAGAGGGUCUCAACGCAGACUACAUGAAGGGGGAGAAUCUGGAAGCUGUGGUGUGUGAGGAGCCCCAAGUGAAAUACUCUGCACUGCACAUACAGUCUGCAGAGCCGCCGCCGCCUGAACCAGCCCGGAUCUGAGAGCCCCGUGCAGCUGCAGGCAUGCACAUGGUGCCACCGCUUGUCACCCAGCUCCCCCCUACCCCCCGUCAUUUGGACUCACAGCUGCUGUGCUGCUCUGUGUCAUCGGCUCCUUCUUGGUCUGAGUUUUCUGGAUGAGCUCUGGGUGUUUGUGAGUUUGGUUUCUCUGCCUGGCCACAGGUACUCAGACUUGCUGCCAAAAUUCAAGAGCCAACUCUGGUAGAAAGCCAGCACCAGGCCUUGGGAGCUGCUGGGUCACCGACUCCCAAAGCCAGCCUGCCUCCAGCUUCAUUGAGCACAGAAUGUGGGGGCCAAGGUGAUGCUGGGGCCUGUUGACAUUUAUGCUUAGGGGACAAGAGUUUGAACCCUACACCGUGGAGUGGCUGAUUGUGGCCGGUUUCUGCCGAUAGGCAGCCCCUGGCGGUGACCUCAAGCAGCUGCAAGUAGGGAGCUCAGCCUGCACCUAAUUCCCUUGGACCCCUGCAAAGAGUGAAUGAGUCAGCACCAAGUAACACCACACACGCGCAGCACCCAGGACGAUGGGUUCAUUUCAGUCUUCCCAAUCGCAGGUUUUACGUCGCUGGGCUUCCAGAGAGCCAGUCCAAGUGGAGGCUUUCAGUUAUUUAAGUGCAAACAUGUAUCUCAUGAUAGUCCUGCCCUGAGUUUAGGAAUCUUCUGGAUAAGUGUGAAGCUAUGAUUUGUAGGCCUGUUUCCCAUCUGAUUCCAUAGGGGACUGACCUGACAUGACAAAGGUCUUUAGGAAUCAUUUCUGCAUUGGAGAUGACUUUUAUCCUGUGUUGGGAAGAGGUGCUCACCCUCUACCCUGUAUUUAUUCCCAUUUUGAUAGCAAGAGCUACGGAUGUCAAGAAUGAGCAUCAAAGCCAGAAGCAUGCUUGGUGUUUGCUGAAAAAUGUAACUGGGGGCAGGUAGGGAGGGGAGGAGAGGGGAAGAGACACUUGCUUGGUUUAGUGAAACACACGUGACUUUGUAGCUCCAUGUCAGCCUACUUGUCUGUUCUGAGGGAGAGCGCAUGGGGGCUGGUGCUCACCAUGGCAAACACAGGAACCGCAUGCCCAGCCCCUCAACUGGCACGGAGCUGCCAGGUUUGAGCUGGUGUAGAGCUGGCUUCCUGGAAUGUUUCUUUGGCCCACAGGUGGUUCUGUCCCAUUGAACUCUGCUGUCAGAGGCUCACAGGACAGAACCACAUGCUAGGGUCUAGGGCCCCUGUCUACUGAUAACCAGUUUGCCAUGUCAGAAAGCACUUGUGAAAGCAGAAUAUGAGUCACCAGACAGGCAAGAUCUUACAAAACUUACGAGCCUGUUUGGUCUGCAUGAUGGCCCCACGCAUUUCAUAGGCUGCCCACUGAGUGGGAGGGGCCAACUCCAACUUCUGAAGGAAACCACUGGAAUCUGCACCCCACAUGCAUCUGUUGAAUCCUUCCCUCGUGUUGAAAACAUGCCUGUGGUGGAGGGUGGUCAGCUGUGGCACUGUCUCAAAGCUGCCUUGUGAGGCCAUUCCCAGCACGUGCCUGUGGGCUCAACACCCCUUUUCCUGCUCAGCCCUUUAAUCUCAACAGACCCGGACUGUGUGGCUGAAGGGGGGCCUGUAGCACUGCAGAAACGCCUCAGCAUGAUACCAUGAAGGAAAGAAACCUCGGCCUGGUCUCGAGAAGCUCCCCAUGUUUCAGGAAGUUAGGAAGGAAGGAGUGGCUUGCAGGAUUGGCCAGAUUGUGAAUUUUGUUAGACUUGUCCUCCCUGGCACCAAGUACAUCAAGAGCUGAUGGCCCCACCCUCUGACCGAUGCUGGGCUACAGGUGGCUACGGAGGAUUUUUGCAUGCAUGGCCUGUCACCAUCUGGACAGCGUGACCUCAGGGGUUGUCUACCUUACCUUUAUGGCAAUGCCUAUCGAAUGGCAAAGUCUUCGAAAUCCUAUGGCUGCGAAGUAGAAUACGUGCUGUCUGUGAAACCGUGUUUGUGACAGCACUGACUUCAGUUGCCAGAGACCCAUUUUGCUCUCCCUUACCUAGCUGGGUGCUAUCUGCACAAAGCCUGGAGCCUGGCACUCAGGCCCACCACUGUCAGCUGCUGGACAUGCCUGGAAGACCCCUCAGCCUCCGACUGCAGAACAUUCAUUUCAGGAGCUUCUUCCCAUGGCAUCUUAUGACACUUGCUCCACACUGUCACCUGCAGAAGCCUGGCGGGCUCUUGGCACAUGUGUGUAUCUGAUGGUUGCACUGGCCAGCAUGUGCCUGUCCCGAGUAAGAGGGGAGACACAGUGGACUGGAAGGACCAAUUGAAACUGGCCAAUCUGUAUCAACUUAAUUUGGCGGAGAAAAUUUGUAACAACUCUGAGCGCAUGCUGAGUGAAGUCAGCUCAAGGAAAGAUCGAGAUGGGGGGAGGAGGUGUGGGUGGCUUCUGGAGUGGGACCCAGAGGGGAGCCUCUGGGACGGUGGCUGGGGCUCAGUGCUGAGGAAGACAUGGAGAGUGAUGUGAGAACCCCUGUACAUCUGCGCAUGUGCUUGUGUCCAGGUGUGAAUUGUAAACUGUCUAGUGUUUGCAUUAAAUAAAAUGGCACCUACCAGAUCCUCAUC